AACUUUUGGUUCUCUUUUAUGCUUUUUGCAGAUCAAAAUCGUGGUAUUGGCACUGCGGCUUCUAAAAAUGUCAAGCACACAGAUGCACCAACGGAAUUGCAUGAGAUCAACCAUAAUAACAAUAAUAGCAUUACAACAACAAUAUCAAAUGGUACAACAACAACACGCACAAAUUCACAAACCACAUCACCUAUACUGGGGCAUCAUGGCAAGAAGACAACAACAACGCCGGCGUCAGCUGCCACUGCUGUCACAGUCAGCGGAAUGUUGCUGGAAAAAAAAACACAGUCGAAAUUCCUGCCGACGCGCGGCAAAGCGUUGCUACAAAAGUCACACCAACAACAACGCUCCGCUGAGGAUACAGCUGUGUCGGGUGCCGGAGCUGCGGAGCGAUUGGAUGCGUCGGAGUUGCAGCGUUUGAAAUACUUGAAUCGGCACUCGUGCAACGGUCGACUGGACUAUGAAGCGAUCGAGCGGCACCUGGAGCAGACAGAACUGCAGGAAGAGCAACGCAACAAAAGCAUCGAGGUGUUGGGCGUGUUGCUGCAGUACGCGGUGCAUGAUGUGAGUACAUACCCUCUCGCACACAAACACACCUGAAGAUUGAGGCAUAUGCGCUUGUAUCUACUUGGUUUUUCUACACUUCAUUGCAUCUUUGAAAGUCCUUUGUGAUUAAAAGGCACAAAUAACACAAAAUAACUGUUAAUAGAGGGUGUAGAGUAUUUAAAAAGUUAUCCGUAAUUGACGACUUUCAAUGAAUGAAGAGAGUAUUACGCUGCUUGCCUUUUUGCAAAUUAUCCCUGAUAUUAGAAACAGAGGGAAUCUGUAAAAAAUUGCCACAGCGAAUGAAUAUUCCGUUAGUACGCCUACUUUAGGUUAAAUAUGUGUUGGUUUUACGUGUAAGUACGUAUAAGUGUAACCAAACGGCAAAUGCAAUUAUUAAAUGAUGCUCACGGCCGCGCGUCGCUUUGCUGGCGCCAGACGAAAUUGUUGCAAAUUAAAGCGCUCGCCGUCCAUACAUACAUAAGUACAUUUGUGUAGCCUUGUAUACUUGUGCACAUAACGGCAUUUGAAUUUUAAUAUAUAUAUAUGUUUAUAUAUAUGACUGCAGUCUACACUUGUUCAACUAAAUUGUACCUCAGAACAUAACUUCGAAUGUGUGUGGCCUGAUGCCUAAAGUAUUUAAAAAAUAUUUUCCACGUAAAUUUAAGAUUCGCUUCGGUUAAUCCUCCUACUGGAGUGUAUAGGUAUAGGUAUGCAAAUUAAUAUAUAAAAUUCAGUUGUAAUGAGCAUAUUCAUUAUAAAGUGUAUGACUACUGAAUUUAUCAUCUGACUUCAUGCGUUUGACCUGAAGAUUGUAAAUAUAUAUUUUCUGGCUGUCCAAUAAUGGAAAGAACUAAAUAUAUAUGUAUGUAUAUACGUAUAUAUAUAUUAUUAUAUGUAUAUAUAUAUUAUUUUUACAAAUAUUCGAAGCAAAAUAUGAAUUGCAUCAUAGUGUUUUCUCCAAGCACAGCAAGGAUUAUUUCUAGAUUACUGGGAAACCCCAAAAUGUAUGGGUCUUCAAAAAAUAGAUAAUAAUCGUUAUUAUGGAUAUUUACUCUGCUGAGAAGAAAUAUAAAUACAUGCAAAACAAUGUAAUUGAAAUAAUAUGUUAUGCAUCAGAGAAAAUCAGGUAACACAUAAGUAUGUAUGUAUUUAGGGGUAUUUGCUAAGCUGAUUUUUCUGUAAACAAUUGCUUAACAAAUACUAGCAUCAAACUAUAAUUCAUUCAGGACUUUCUUAUGCAACAAUUGUUUAGAUCUUUCAUAUUACUUAUCCAAUUACUUAUUCGAACUCAUGCAUAUAACAUAUACAUACAUAUAGUAGUCAUUUUACUACAAUAAUGAGUGAGACAAGAUUGCCACAACCAACGUCACAAACGAAACUAACUGUUAAAUACUCACAGUAAUUGUUGACAAAGCUCUGCUUUUAUUCAUGUCAUGAAUCAAUAUUUUUUCGGUCAAACACGCUACAAUAAAAGUAACGGAUCCUUUAGUAAACGUUUGGUUUUAUCUUACCGACUUGUUUCUGAAAUGACAAUGAUUACUGCUAUGAAUACUCAUAUAUGUAUAUGUAUGUAUUUGUACUUGAAAAUCUUUUAAAAUGUGGUUUUUAUUACACAAUCUAAUGUCCGCUUUAAGCUGGGGUUUUCAUAUAAUUUCUCGAUCGGGUUU